AUUGAAGAUGUUGUUAUAAGCCCUUACAAGAUAAGCCUUAAAAGCCUAGAUCUUGGUCAAAACCUGAUUCAUUUUAUUGGACAAGGUGUGUUUCAAAGUCCUCUUGAAUAUUUGUAUCUAGAUGGAAACUUACUCAAAUAUCUCGACCCUUUAAACAUGCCAUAUUUUAACUAUAUCACCAUUUCGCGAAAUCCUUUGUUAUGUGGUUGCAACAAUCUUGAUCUUAUAGUAUGGCUUAACAAUCUUGAACCGCAGAACCAUGAUAACGUAACAUGUGUUGGUUCUAGCGACAUAAGAGACUUUGACGUACAGAAGUGUUCUGACGCUGUAGUCGUAGCGCUUUGUGUUUCAAUAAGUGUCUCAUUUGUGAUGUUAACGGGCAUCGUGGUAUGCCGCUUCAGGUAUGAAAUACAAGUCAUCGCUUUUUACAAGUGGCACAUACGAUUCAGACUUCCUUCAAGUUUAACUAAGAGCAGUAAGCGACAAACAUAUACAUAUGACGCAUUUGUUUGCUUUGCGGAAGAAGACAUGGCUUAUGUAACGACAACCAUUGUGCCAUUGCUGGAGCCUCAAUACAAGCUUUGUAUCUACUACAGGGAUUUUCCAGUCGGAGAAGACAUUGCUGAAGUUAUUCUUAAUGUUAUUGAGAAGAGCGCGGUAACAAUUAUUGUGUUAUCAGAGGCCUUUCUAAAAAGUAGAUGGGGAAGAUUUGAAUUCCGUAGGGCUCACCAUCAUGUUAUGAUGACAGACAAUAAAAGAAUGAUAGUUAUACUUUUGGAGGAUUCUGUGAUGGAGAAAAAUCUGGAUUUGACUCUGAGAAGUAUUAUGUAUACGAAAGCUUAUCUUACGAAACAUGACUCUUUGUUUAAGGAAAAACUUCUAUUUUCUAUGGCGGAGACAAAACAAUUGAGCCAGUCAUUGAAUUCCAGUCCGACAUAA